CAAUGUCAUUUCGUUUCGUGCAUUUCAUUCUUCAAUCAAUUUUAUUGAAGCAAGCAAGAUCGUUCACUUUUUUUUUCUUUUCUUGUCUUGUCAGUUUACCCUGAGUAAGGACUAAAUAAAAAAUGGCAAAGUCUAAGAAUCAUACAAAUCAUAACCAAAAUCGCAAAGCCCAUAGGAAUGGAAUCAAAAAGCCGACAAAGUUCAGGCACGAAUCUACCCUAGGAAUGGACCCCAAGUUCUUGAGGAAUCAAAGGUUUUGUAAAAAGGGUAACCUGAAGCCAGCUAAGCAGCUCGCGCGGGCAGCCGAAAGGAAAGCGACGCGUGAGGCCAAGGCUAAGAAAUGAACUAGAAUGUAAGACAAUAAAACAUAAAAUUUAUAA